AUGCCGGACCCAGCCCCCGCCGACGUUGCCGCCCCUGAGGGCGCCCUACCACCUAAGCCAGUUCUGCACCCAGUCGCCGCGGUCAGUCUCAAACUGCCACCAUUCUGGCCAAAUGACCCUACUCUGUGGUUCGCGCAAGUUGAGGCCCAGUUCCUCACUCGCAACAUCACAACACAGGCCACCCGUUUCGCAUAUGUCAUUGCCUCUCUGCAGCCAGAGAUAGCUCAGGAGGUCAGGGAUCUUCUGAUCACACCACCCACUACUGACCAGUAUGACCGUCUUAAAUCAGAGCUGAUUCGCCGGACCUCCCUGUCGGAGCAGAAACGCCUCCACCAACUACUCAUCUCAGAAGAGCUCGGAGAUCGCAAACCGUCCCAGCUACUACGCCGGAUGCGGCAGCUCCUCGGAGACAGUUCACUGGAGGAUAAGAUCUUGAAACAGCUCUUCCUGCAACGUUUGUCGACCAGUACGCAGUCUAUUCUUGCCUCCAUGGCUGAUUCCGUAGGUAUUGAACAGUUGGCUGAUUUAGCUGACAAGAUCGUGGAAGUUUCUCCCCCUUCAACCGCGUCAGCUGUUGGAAUUGCAGCCCCCGCUCCCUAUUCUCCACCACAGACCCAACUGCCGCAAGCUCAUCCGGAUAUCCUGGUACUGCAAGACCAAAUGGCCUCACUCACGCGUCAAGUCCAAGCCUUGACGACACAAUUACAGCGUGGACAGGCCCGAAGCCGUAGCCGUGGUCGUCCAAAAUCCCGCACCUACCCUGCUGACCGCAGUCCCAGCGCCCCCGCCGGUCGGUCUGGAGACCGACAGUGCUGGUAUCACUGGAAGUUUGGUAGCAAGGCAACCAAGUGCACCAGCCCGUGUUCCCGCCGUACUCCACCAGUCUCGGAAAACCCCCAAGCCAGCGGCUAG